AGACAGAGUCCUUUGCGGUGCCAUAGCACAUGGAUUUCAGGACUGCCUGUGAGGAGACAAAGACAGGGAUUUGUUUGCUGCAGGAUGGCAAUCAAGAGCCUUUCAAAGUCCGGCUGCACCUGGCCAAAGACAUUCUGAUGAUCCAGGAGCAGGAUGUGAUAUGUGUGUCUGGUGAGCCUUUCUAUUCUGGUGAAAGAACGGUGACCAUUAGAAGACAAACUGUAGGAGGAUUUGGAUUAAGCAUAAAGGGGGGAGCGGAACAUAACAUUCCAGUUGUCAUUUCAAAAAUCUCCAAGGAGCAAAGAGCAGAACUUUCAGGGCUACUCUUCAUCGGGGACGCGAUCCUACAGAUAAAUGGAAUUAAUGUGAGAAAAUGCAGACAUGAAGAAGUGGUUCAAGUUCUUAGGAAUGCUGGAGAAGAAGUGACCCUAACAGUAUCUUUUUUAAAAAGAGCACCUGCUUUCCUCAAACUCCCACUGAAUGAAGAUUGUGCAUGUGCACCAAGCGACCAGAGUAGUGGCACCUCCUCUCCUCUUUGUGACAGUGGCUUACAUCUCAACUAUCAUCCCAAUAAUACAGACACAUUAUCAUGUUCUUCAUGGCCAACUUCUCCAGGCUUGAGAUGGGAAAAGCGAUGGUGUGACCUUAGACUGCUCCCUCUACUUCAUUCUCGUUUCUCUCAGUAUGUGCCCGGGACAGAUUUGAGUCGGCAGAAUGCUUUCCAAGUCAUUGCUGUGGACGGGGUCUGCAGUGGGAUCAUUCAGUGCCUCUCUGCUGACGACUGCAUCGACUGGCUACAAGCAAUAGCAACUAAUAUUUCAAACCUCACAAAGCACAAUAUUAAAAAAAUCAACAGAAACUUCCCUGUAAACCAGCAGAUAGUCUACAUGGGCUGGUGUGAGGCACGGGAGCAGGACCCCCUUCAAGAUUCGGUGUACUCGCCAAUAUUUCUAGCCCUGAGGGGCUCGUGUCUUUACAAGUUUCUGGCACCUCCAGUGACAACGUGGGAUUGGACCCGAGCAGAGAAAACAUUUUCAGUUUAUGAGAUCAUGUGCAAGAUUCUCAAGGACAGUGACCUCCUGGACCAGCGGAAGCACUGUUUCACUGUGCAGUCCGAGGCUGGGGAGGACCUCUACUUCUCCGUGGAGCUAGACUGUGACCUUGCCCAAUGGGAGCGAGCCUUCCAAACAGCAACGUUUCUGGAAGUGGAACGGAUACAGUGCAAGACAUAUGCAUGUGUAUUAGAAAGUCAUCUAAUGGGACUCACGAUCGACUUUAGCACAGGAUUUAUCUGCUUUGAUGCUUCAACAAAGGCUGUACUUUGGAGGUAUAAGUUUUCUCAUCUUAAAGGCUCUUCAGAUGAUGGCAAGAGCAAAAUCAAAUUUUUGUUUCAGAAUCCAGAUACUAAACAGAUUGAAGCAAAGGAGCUGGAGUUUUCGAAUCUAUUUGCUGUUCUUCACUGCAUUCACUCAUUCUUUGCGGCCAAAGUAGCUUGUCUGGACCCGCUCUUCUUAGGCCAUCAGGCUACUGCCUCUGCUGCAGCCAGUUCUGCUACUAUGAGCAAAGCAAAGUACACGACUUGACACCCUGACCUUUGGAUCGCCGCUUACCAUGACUAUAUAAAUAGGUGAACAGCUUCAUCAUUGUAGACCUUGGAGAGACAGUAAUAUCAUCAAGUCAAAUGGAAAUUUCAGCAGACAAAAAAAAAAGGGGGGGGUGGGGGGAAUCUC